UGUUUCAGUGAUCACAGGGCUUGUCCAAAGGCUCCACUACUCACAAACCUUCGGCCAGUGUGUGUUUGUGAUGGAUGAGAGUGUGUGGCUGCACCGAGGCGACAGUCAAUGAGAACGCUGCGAGCUGAGCUCGAAACAAAACGAGAAGGUUUCCUUAAAGGCGCAGAAGAGGUGACAGGAAGUGAUGACAUAAAGGGAACGAGGCCAGGGUCAUGGGAUGUGGAAUGGGAAAGUCUGAGCUACAGCUGAAGAAAGGUGACAGAGUAACCAUCUCAGUUCCGGCUGCCACUGCGAUCAGAGCGGCUCUGUUGAUCCAGCGCUGGUACCGCCAGUAUGUCGCCCGUCUGGAGAUGAGACGCAGGUGCACGUGGAAUAUCUUCCAGUCUAUCGAAUAUGCAGGAGAGCAAGACCAGAUCAAGCUCUACAAUUUUUUUGGAUUCCUGAUGGACCACUUCACCCCAGCCAGCAGUGAAAGAAAUCUAAUAUCUCACAUCUUUCGAAAGAAUGAAAUCUGUAGAGACACAGAGUGGGAGAGACAUUUCUGCUACAAGAGCAUUGAAGUAAGCGCCAGCUGCACCGGCCCCCAUCUGACCUUCCCCAUGACCUUCAGUGGGGUGUCGAAGCUGGUGGAGGCCUUCAAGCACAAACAACAGCUCCACGCUCGAUAUGUUCUGCAGCUUCUUGGAGAAACCUGGAGGCUUCUACGAAUUCUUCCAAACAUCAGUCACGUCUCUGCCUGCCGCGCCAAGCCGAUCACCAUAUGCGGAGAUUUACACGGGCACCUAGAGGACCUGCUGUUAAUAUUCUAUAAGAAUGGUUUGCCGUCCUCCGAGAAGCCGUAUGUCUUCAAUGGAGACUUUGUGGAUCGCGGUAAAAACUCCUUAGAAAUCCUGCUCAUCCUGUUUGGCUUCCUGCUGGUUUAUCCCAACGACGUCCAUCUAAACAGAGGGAACCACGAGGACCACAUCGUUAACCUGAGAUAUGGUUUCACUAAAGAAGUUCUGGGCAAGUAUAGGGUGCACGGCAAAACGAUCCUGAAGCUCCUCCAGAAGAUCUUCAGCUGGCUGCCUCUGGCCACAGUGAUUGACGACAAGGUGCUGAUUGUGCACGGUGGGAUCUCUGACGCAACAGACCUUGGCGUGAUCGCCCGAGUGGACAGGCACAAAUACGUGUCGGCUCUGAGGCCUCCCGAGGCUCAUACGUUGAACAGCGGCAGCAGGGAGGCCGGGGCACCAGCGGAAGGCCGGCGUCGGCUGUGUUCUCUGACUUACCAAGGCUCGCCGAAGGCCCCCGUACACACACUGCCGCGCCGUUCCCUCCACAACGAGCCCGCCAGCGGUCAACCCAACUGGUCGGUGGAGGAGGAGCUGAAAAGGAGGCGCAGGCUGGCCGGGUUUGACCAGACCUACGGACAAAUGAAGAGGUCCGACUCAGACUUUGAGUCCGGAGACACGAAAGGGAAAGAUGUGGAUGAGUGGAAACAAAUAGUGGAUGUGUUGUGGAGUGACCCGAUGCCCCAAAAUGGCUGCAUUCCCAAUGAGGUGCGAGGCGGAGGCUGCUACUGGGGGCCCGACGUCACCGAGGAAGUGCUGGGAAGACACGACCUCCAGCUGCUCAUCCGCUCCCAUGAGUGCAAACAGGACGGCUAUGAGUUCUGCCACAACCGCAGGGUGCUGACCAUAUUCUCAGCGUCCAACUACUACGAGGUGGGCAGCAACAGAGGAGCCUACAUCAGGAUGGGACCCGAUCUGGUUCCUCACUUCAUUCAAUAUCAGGCCAGCAAGACCUGCAGAGAGCUCACCCUGAGACAAAGUGUCGGGUGGACCGAGAGAUCAGCUCUGCGAGCUCUGAGGGAACAGCUGUUCGCACACAAGUCCGACCUCAUCGGUGCCUUCCGGGAGUUCGAUCCCAACAACAAAGGGCUCAUCUCUCUGACGCACUGGGCCGGAGCCACGGAGAGGGUCCUAAAUCUGGGUCUGCCCUGGAGGGUGCUGCGCUCUCAGCUCGUCAGCAGCACUCCGCACGGCAUGGUGGACUACCAGCAAUGGAUAAGGGAGCUCUCCAUCACCGAGCCCAAGCUGGAGAUCUCAGAUAACAGCAUCCUGGAGACUAUGUACAAAAACCACUCCAACCUGGAAACCAUCUUCCGAAUCAUUGACACAGAUAACUCAGGUUUGAUUUCUUUCGAGGAGUUUCGGCAGACUUGGAAACUCCUGAGCUCUCAUCUGAAGACGGAGAUCAGCGACAGGGCCAUCGCGGACUUGGCCCGGAGCAUCGACUUCAACAAGGACGGGAGCAUCGACAUCAAUGAGUUCAUGGAGGCUUUCCGGCUGGUGGACGUCUCCGCACACAGCGGAGGGCCUGGACGAGGAGCUGCUGACCUGCUGCACGGGGGGCAACAAGGGCAGUUUGGGCCGGACUCGUUUCCUUGAAUACAUGUCCGAGGCCAAAAAACGUCACCCAGUAAAGCCGUGCAGAUCUAGCAAGAUGUUUUCUACCCCUCACAUGAUCUGCCCUCACAUAAUAUCCCCAAUUUAUCAAUGCAUAAAUGUGACAGUUCUAAAUAUCUCCAAGCAAUGUAGAACUCUCCCAUAGGAUAAGAGGUAUUAAUUAUAUGGUCUACCACAGUGGCUUCUUCACUAGUCACUACCUCCAGUGCUCAUUUCUUCUACUUUGAUUUAAAGAACUCCUUUAUUCAGAGCCUCGGGAUAUCAGUGACUCUGCUACACGAGGGGAUAUAAUCUUUUUGGAAGCUGCUUAAUCAGUUCAACUGCCAAUCAGUCCGAAUCCAGGACAUGAAUCCUAUCAACUGAAGCCCUACUUUGAUGAGAUGUUGGAAAGGGCUUGUCUAAAAAAGGUAAACACCGGUGACGAGAGACGUCCCGUUAGUACCAAAAAUCUUUAAAUGAAAAACAGGAUGCAGGUAGACGGUC